UAGAUAGAUAGAUAGAUAGAUAGAUAGAUAGAUAGAUAGAUAGAUAGAUAGAUAGAUAGAUAUAUUCACAGUUACUCUCCUGACCGAAAACAGUACCGAAUCCUACUGUUUUAGGUUACGUUUUCUACGUCGGUUACCUUUCCUACGUACGACGGUUACGUUUCCUACCCAGCAGUAGGUUACGCUUAGGUUACGUCGGUUACCCACGACAUGGCGGUUACGUUUUCUACGUCAACGCGCAUGUGCAAAUAUUAAAAAUAAAUCAUAAGGGCGGCUUGCGGCGUGAAAGAUACUCUCAGUUAAGGAUUGUUGUUGUUGUUUUUUAAUCAUAUCAAUCAGAUAUAAGAAACAGAAAAGCUUUUUUUCUUUGGUAAGUUUUAUUUUGUCAUUUAACAGUUUUAAAUGUUGUAAAUGCUUAUGUAAAUAUAUUUUUUGUGGGCAACCAAAGUGCAUAGCUAGCUAACGUUUUGUAGCUAGUAACACCCCAAAUAGCAAUCUGAACUUUUUAGGUUUGUUCAAUGAAAUAACAUUAGUAGAAUUAAAGAGCUAUAGCUAUGGUCAUUUAACAAUAGCAUUAUGUUUCUUGGUAGUCUUUUUGUGUAGUUAAGUAUAUUGCUGUAGUGUGUUUUUAUAUAGUCCUUAUUCUCAUGUUGGUAUUUUGAUAUGACCUCUGAGCGUUUGUUUAAAAGCUCAUUUUAUUUUCACUAAAUUUAUUCUUACUUAUGUUUUUCUUGUUUCUUUAAAGACAAUAUCCAUGCUUGUAGUUGUUUUUCGAGAGACUCACACCUAUUUGUUUUUAAAACAUUUUGUUUAUUUUUCUCUUGUUUUUUAAAAAUAAUGACCAUGCUUGAAGUUGUUUUUCUGGAGACCCCACACACUUGUUUUAAACAACCAGUGUUGUUUAUAGAUAUAUUAUUCCUAAUCAAAAUGAUAUCAAAUCAUAACAAAAGCUGUUAUAAAUUAUUGUUAAAAAAGUGUGUUGUCUGUUGUACCCAUGCUUUCAAAGAACUUAUAUCACCGGUUUUUAUUAUGAUAAUUUAGUUAAGUACACAAUUAAGCUUUCUUUUAUAUCACACUGCAGUUGUGCUUUGCUCAAGUAUUUCAUAUAUAUUUUACAUUGUCAGAAUAAAAAAAAUCAUUUUUCAAGUUGGAAUUGUCAAAGCAGGUCACAAGAAAAGUAGGAAGCAUAUUUUAUCAUGAGUUUUGGUAAUAGUAAGCGAAAUCUUCAAGAAUCAUUUGUAUUGGUUGGUACCAUAACAGUUAUUACAAGGAAUGGGACUGAUGGCAUGGCCUAUCCUAUUAUCUUCGGAAAAAAAUGGUAACAAUUGGAAAGUUGAAACAUCGUCUACGUCAAAUAGUUUAGAAAGUAUGUUGAUGAGAGAAAAUAUCAGGUUGAAGAAGAAAAUUUCAGAGCUCGAGAACCAACUUUCAACAGACUCUACAAGCUUACCUAUCGAAAAAAACCGCAAAAAAUGUCCAUUACAGUCAUGUGAUAGUUGUGUUACAAAUUUAUCUCGGCACAUGAUAGAAGUACACUAUUGGCCCCAGAGUAAGGCAAAAUAUUGCGUUGGCAUAUACGGAUUGAGGAAACCAGGUGUUAGGUUUUAGGUUGUCGAAACAAAAGAAUGAGUUUGCACCUCCAAGACGUCCACAAACUAUCAAAAGGACCUUACUAUUAUAGUAUGUUGAAAUUAGCCAGGGUGUGUGACGUUGCAUCAAACAACGAAGUACACAUAUGACAUCCAUCCCUGCCAAGCAUGUCGCCACUGAUGAUCGCCACUGUUCCGAAGUAACAGAUUCGGAUAGUGACAUGGAAGAUGACGAAGUGGUUGACUCUGCUGAAAUUUUAGAGAGAUAAAAUUUCAGUUGAUGGAGGAAAGAGUUGCCAAAAGAGUGCUAUUCAGUCAAAGCAGCAAUUGAGAGAUAUUUGGGCAGCUUUGGAUUCCUCAUAUCCCAGUGAUUUAGUCAGAAAAUAUAAAAUUCGCGACACCUUUUUGACAACGUAUGCCGAAAAGACAAAGGAAUACAAAGCUUUAACCAUUAAACGGUAUAUUUUGUCACUGCCACACUUCUAUGACUUUCUCCUUACUGAGGAGAUCCAUCUACCUGGAAUAGCACCAGAUAUGAUUUUAAGGAUGAAAGUUAGUGUAUCUCGAUGGAGCAAAUCUAAUAAUGGAACGGUAGAGAUACAGCAGCUUGAGAGACAGAUGGAGGAGCAACAAGUGCUUAUCACGCCUGAGCAGAUCCAACGGUAUGAGGAGUCUGCCAGUGCAAAGGAGGCUAUCUCGAUAAUUAAAAAUUUUCGUAGCCCUUACCGAGAAAACACCUUGUCUCGUUAAGAAUAUGCGUGUAUACGGGAUUUUCUCAUAACGGAAAUAACUAUAAUUAAUUGUCAGAGGUCUGGCGUACCUAGCAACAUGAACAUCGAUGAGGUGAAGGCUGCUGUAUUUCGUGAUGGUAAAUAUAUUAUUAAAGUAAAACGUCACAAGACAUUUAGGAAACACGGUCCUGUUAAUCUGUGUACGAGAGAAACCUUGUACCAACAGCUCUUAAUUUUUUUCGAUUCAAUUCGCAGUCAGAUACACAGUGACUUUGAAAAUGUUUUUGUUUCAUAUAAUGGCAAGAUGUUAGAAUCUGGAGCAAUAUCGAAACAAAUUAAUAGCACUUGGAAAAGGUCCGGUGUUUAUGGUGAAAACGAUCCGCCAGUGAGGAAAAACAUCACUUCAAAUAUAUUUCAAAAGUCUGGAUCCACCAUCAUUGAAGAUAAAAAUCCAAGUGAAGCUCCAUAUGUUGCUAGCCUGUUGACGCACUCUGAGAGCACCUCAAAAAAUACUAC